UCAGAAGUGAGCUUCGGUCGGUAACAGACGGUUUUGGAAAUAAUUUUCAUUAGAGAAAAAUCGAGGGCAAUCAGUGGUGUUAUCGUAUUUUGUGUUAUUUUUUUCUCCACAUUUUUAUCACUGUGACUAAAGAGAGAGAGAAAAAGUAUACAAUAUAAAAAAGCUCAGUACCAAAUUGUCGGAAUUCCGUCAUGUUCAUCAAAUGCAUAUGUUCUCAGUGGAAUUUGUGGCAUCUGUUUGAACAAUUUUAAUGAACAUGGACAGCAGAAAUCCUGUGUGAACGAUAUUAAAAGAGAUAGCAUCCAUUAUUGAAGCUUUUUUUAGCCCACUGUUUGUACACAUAGGAAUAGGAAAGCAGAAAAAAAAAGUUUAGUAAAGAGCAACAUAUUAAAAAAAAAAACGGACUGAGAUUUUUUUGUCCAAUGAAUACUCAUUCCUCUUGUUGCUGGUUUUUCCAUUAAACAGACAUUUUAACAGUGUGCUAUAUAUAGUUUUUUUUUUAUUUUAUUUCUGUGAUUGAGGUGUUCUGGGUGGAAAAUUAGACGGUAAUCAAAAGGAUGGUGUUCAGCGUGGAAAACGUAUUCUCUUAAGGCGGAAGAAUUCCAGCAUCCUCGAGAGUCAGUGUGUUUUUGGGGGCUGUUCUGGUGAAAUUUCAAGGAAGUUAGCAGGCAAAAAGGACUUGGGCUGUGCGAGAGUGAGAGAAAUUCGAGAUGAGUUUCUUUAGUUCACUUCAGCAGUAUGUGACGAGUGGUGUGGCAGGAUUAGGCCUGAGUCCACGGAGAUUCUCAAUGUCACGUCAGGAAUCAACUGAAGUGCCACAAGACAAGGGAAACAAUUCACAUGUCCAUGGCUUCCCCAAGGUGGUACCACAGCCAGGAGCAGCAACUCCACCACCACAGACCACCGGACAAUCGUCAUCCAGGCGGCAGUCGAGGAAUCUCGAAUGUCUCGCACCACCACGAACUGGAUCAUUUCGCCAGAGGAACUCACCUGUCCAUACCACACCACCGGAUCGGCCUCCAUUGGCUUUCUGCAGACGAAGACUGUCAUGGCCUGAAAUUGAUUCAAGAUCUACUUCCGGGGUUCAGGAGACAGAUGGUUCCUAUUUUGAAAGCUUCACUGCUCUGGCGUGGAAGAGGGAGAAUCGUCGUUUGUCAUCUAUGCGAGCCGCCGAGGCAAGGGCUGAGACACUUCCGGAAAAUGAAAGGGAUAUGAGGGAGGCGCACGCGGAUGAAGAGGCCAAUCGUCCGGAGCACAGGGAACAACUCUAUGUCGAUGUCUUAUACACAAUUGCAAAUACAGUUGGUGCUCCGGCUCCAGGAGGACAGUUUGCCCAUUACAAAGAGGAGAUGUAUUUGCAAGCUCAGAGGGCAUUUGGCGUCUCGCCAGAUCGUCACUAUCGACUGCUUCAUGCUGCUGCUGAGGAGAAACCCAAAAUUGUGGUGCUAUCUGUUGUGGUGCAAGAGGCCGAAGGUCUCGAGGCAAAAGAUGCCAAUGGCUUCAGUGAUCCUUAUUGUAUGCUGGGUAUUCAGCCAUGUGGAGCUCCUGUGUCACCCCAACCACCGCCAAUGACCCCGAGGACACUGUCAGAAGCGGGAAUGGACAACAAUCUGGAUUCGCCUCAUGCAGAUAAAUUGCGAAAACAUCACAGCUUUCGAUUGAGCUUCAAACGCAAAGAGGGCUCGAGGCGUGAUCAACGUGAUUCCCUGAGUGGACCUGUUCCCGCCAAAUUCAUCCGCGCCACUUCCAUUAAACCCCACACACUCUGCCCGAAGUGGAAUGAGAAGUUCAAAUUCGACAUCGAUGACCUGAAUACUGAUGUCUUCCACCUGGACAUUUGGGACCAUGACGAUGAGAGUUGUGUCCUGGACGCCGUCUCCAGGCUCAAUGAGGUGCGUGGUGUGCGUGGUUUGGGACGGUUCUUCAAGCAAGUGUGUCAAUCAGCUCGUCAGGGAUCCCAGGAUGAUUUUCUGGGCUGUGUCAAUUUUCCCGUGGCGGAUGUUCCAUCUACGGGACUCGAGGGAUGGUUCAAAUUGGAAGCACGAAGUCAGCGAAGUACCGUUCAGGGACGAAUCAAGCUGAAGAUGUGGUUAUCAACGAGGGAAGACCGUGGCACUUCGGAGGAGGAUAGCUUUGUGGAAGUGCGGAAGCUGGAGAAACUCCACACAGUGUUCAUGUCACACGAGUUGUCCACUCAUGAACCCACAUGGACGUGGAGUGGGGAAUUGCCUGGACCAGCUCUGACCAUACUCCAUCAGAUGGCUGUUCAGGGUGAUCUGUCGGAUUUACAGUGCAGCCUGGCCAGAUUUGUGGCAGCUGUUAAACUCAAUCGUCGUACUCCGAUUGAUCCAAAAUUCCUGCAUCGGCUACUCGUGGAGUCUGACCGACUGUGGAGUCAACCUGGUCAGGAGGCACUCACGAGGGAUUCAGAACAGUGGCUGGCGGAUGCGAUGACGGGUUUUGUGGAGAAGUCUCUCAAUCAAGUUCGACGGCAUCGAGAUGUCUUUCCUGCACUCCAUCCACCCUCUCUGGUACGCUUAGAGUUCCUCCUCCGAUGUCUCGGCCUAUUGGGCUCUAUGAAGGCCUUCCGACAGGUAUGUCCCUUCAAUAAGGGUGUUCGUGGUGAGAUUGUGGCGUCUCUGCGAAAGGGCUCCAUUCAGUGGGCUCAGCAUGGACUCCGGGAAGCACAGCGUAGUGGGAAUCCCAUGGUUCACUUCACAUCCAUCCUCAUUGCUGACCUCCAGCUCGGAUUAACUUACUACCAUGCUCCAUUCGAUAACACCAAUGGUAUCCAGUAUUUCAGCAUCAUCUACAAACAAUUCGACGCAAUGUUGGCCGAGGAGGUGACAUCGAGAAUGGAGACGGGACAGAUGCCGGGAACGUCGCUAAAUCACUGGACACUGCUCGAGGGGGACAAGGAACCGGCAGAUACUCGACCAUUUGAACUCUAUCUUGCCUUACAGGAAUUCUCCUCGCUAAAGCAGCACCUGUCUGUGAUGCCACAACCACCGGAAAAGCAGCUAUCCCUCCAGAACUACCAUGAGUGGUUUGAAGGAGCUGUUCAGCGUUGGCUAUCCGUUAGUAAGGCACGUGCCCUGAAUCGUGUCAGGGCAUCAAUUCAGUUGGAUCAGAUCUGCGAGGGAGAACGAAUUGUCCGGCAUAGCACUUCGUCCGUGGACACUGCCUCGUGCUUUUAUCAAUUGCGCGAAUUCUGGCGUUUGCUCAUGUGGCCAGAUCUCAAUACAGGGGCACACUUUGAGGCUCAACUUGUGGAUGCUGCAUGUGCCGCAGCUGUUCACUACGGUGACCUCAUCCAUCAAGCACUUGCCGACGGAGGCUGUCUGCAUUUCAGGUACUAUGAACAGUCGGGACCAUUUCGCACAUCUGACGAUAUGUGCGUGACUGUGAAUAACCUGGAGUACGUCCGACGGUCUCUGUCUGAGUUCCGAUCAGACGGAGGAACCCUUCCAGAGAGCACGGAUGCACUGCUGGAGUCUAGCUUGCAACAACUGGAAACGCGGGCAGAGAGAGUUCUGGGACGCCUGGGAACUCUGAUGCAGGGUCCACUGCAAAAGGCUGUAUUCCAUCUGGCCUGGUCUCCGGACACUCUACCAACCAAUCAGGCUAUCGUUCCACUCCUUGAGUACCUGGAUGUCCAUCUGUCGGCCCUCAAUAGUGCCCUUCUGACCAAAAAUUUCAAUCGGGCUUUGGGUAUCGUUUGGAGCACGGUCCUGGGAGAACUGGCCAGGCAGAUGGAUACUGGUGGGGAUGGGGAUAGGCCUAGGGUGUUUCAUGAUCGUCUCUAUGAAGCAUUGCAUUUACUAGUAGACUUUUUCAAUGCUGAGGGUUUAGGAUUGCCAAUCGAUGUGCUCCACUGUGAGGCCUACUGGAGGGUUGAACAGAGGCUGCAGUAUCACAAAACUGAUACUGACCAUCUAGUGGAUUUGUUCUACAUGCAGCGUCUGCAAGAACAACUGACAGCCACAUGUCCGGGACCCUAUGGGAUCUUGGCUGUUAGGGCGUACUUCAAUCAUGAUUCUCUGUGCGUGGAAGUUCUCCACGCUAGAGAUAUCAUACCAUUAGAUCCCAAUGGCUUCAGUGAUCCUUUUGUUAUUCUUGAACUCUUGCCCAGGCGCGUCUUCUGCCAUUGCACCGAACAACAGACCAAUGUCCACAAGAAAACUCUCAAUCCCAUCUUCGAUGAGUGCUUUGAAUUCUCCGUGACGCUGGAGCAGUGUCUCUCGGACGGAGCCAUGAUAGCUUUCACUGUGAUGGAUCACGAUGUCCUGACGGCCAAUGAUUUUGCCGGGGAGGCCUUCCUGGCCCUCGGGAAUAUCCCCGGAGUUGCAGACUACAGCACCAGCGUUGAGAACUUCCAUGGACUGAAGCAUGUGGAUCUGCCGCUGAUGCAGCAACAUGAUAAAAAUCAUCCAAUUCUGCAGAUUCUGGAGUCGAGAAUUGGUGACAAACAGGCCGUGGAUUUUGUGCGAAAGCAGAAGGCCCGAUUGGCGGUGUAAUUCUCAACUUGGAAACAUCUUGGAAGAUACCCUCGAGAAGUGUAUGAAAAGGCAGAAGGGAAAUAGGAGGGAAAGUACCAAAUUUUUGGGAGAGCCCAUCAGAGCUCUCCCUCUGAAAAAAAAGGGGAAAAGCCGCUUAAGAACUUCCCAUUGGCUCCAGCUUAUAAAAGUAUAUUGUGGGAAAUGCUAAAAUAUUUACAAACUUUUACCUCCAAUAUCAUUUUUCCUGUGAUUACCUUUUUGCACAUCUCUCGGGAAGUAUUUUACCCUAAAAUCUUCUUGAAAAGCAUAAAAUUCGGACGAAAGAAAAUUGUUAAUAUUUUCUAAAAGACACAAGACUAUCGAAAAAAAUGGAAUUAAAAUAAAUAAAAAAAAAACUGUAUAUUCGUCUUGCCUUCUCAACUGACACUCUUUUAGCUCUAUUAUAUUUGUGUGAUGAUAAAAGUCUUUAAAUAAAAAAAUAAACAUUAAACGAGAUGGAAAGUUUGUUGUAAAAAAAAAUCAGUAUAUUUGAGCCAAAGAAAAAACUGUAAAUUUGUAUGAAUUUUCUCUUCGAAAUCCAACUUAAACUGCGCACAUGCUCUUAGAAAAUAAUUCUUUGAAAAAGAAAAAAAAAACAACAAAGAGGAAAAAAUUAAUCACACUUUUGCUAUCGAAUAGAAAUCUACCUAAUUAUCAUCUACAGAUAUUUUCUUAUGACUAAAAACCAGAAAAAAAAACAAUGAGAAGAAAAUCUGGAUGAAAAAAAAUCACUAACUUAGAAAAUAUAAAAAAAGAGGGAUAUAAAAAAUAAUGGAAUCAAUUACUAAAAUUAAUUAUUGUACAAUUAACUAGAUAAUAAGAAAUAUUUAUGAAUCUCCAUCUCCGUCGAGCUUAAAUGGCUAUUUUUGCGGCUCUAUUUUAUUUUUUAUUUUUAAAUACUUUCUUUUACUAUUUUAUCUCUUUUUUGGGAGGGCACGGUAUUUCUUAAUAAUAUAUUGAGAUAGACUUUUUGGACGCGAUACACUUUUUGAGCACAAUUCUUACUCAACUUUUUACACAAGAAACAAAUCUUAUGGAGCGCCACUUUUAUGCACAUUUUUAACCUUAUUCUAUUAUUUUUCUGAAGGUAGUUUUGCGGAAUGUGAGGUUAUCAUUGACAUAACCUAAAAGAAUCUGACAGAUGUCUCGGAUCCUUGCUUUAAUGCAGAGAUGUGCAAGAACCGUUGAAGCCGAAUAAACGUCAAAAUAAGUUUGUUCAAGUAGCGUUUUGACCACUGACGUACCAGUUUCUUUUGACGUUUUUUCGGUUUCAAACGGUUCUUGCACACCUCUGCUUUAAUGGUAUCAUAUUAGGACUGUUUUUGCCCCAUAAUUCAAACAAAUUUAGGAAAUACGACUUGUUUUUUCUUCAGGCUGCAUUGCUUUUAUUUCUUUUUUUUUCAGUAAAGAGAACUUUGGAAAAUUUAAGGUUAUGUAUGAGCAAAUCGCGAAAGAAGAGCACAUUCAAAAC